GCCGGUGCUUCCUGUUUGUGAAACGUGAUCGUCCUAGCAGCACAGACUCAAGCCUGAGAGCUAACCAUGCCAGGGAACCAACUGCAGAGCUGGCUGAAUGCUGCACUCUUUGGGCUUCUGCUUCUCCUCGUCCAUGUGCAGGGUCAGGACUCAGCAGAGUCCCGCCCCAUCAGAAACACACAUACAGGCCAGGUCCGAGGCAGCCUCAUCCAUGUGAAGGAUUCUAAAGCUGGUGUCCACGCCUUCCUGGGAAUUCCCUUUGCCAAGCCUCCUGUAGGACCACUGCGCUUUGCACCUCCUGAGGACCCUGAGCCAUGGAGUGGUGUGAGAGAUGGGACCUCACUGCCAGCCAUGUGUCUGCAAGAUCCUGAUGUAAUUAAUAUAGAGGGCCUGAAGGAGAUGAAACUGAAGCUGCCACCUGUCUCCGUGUCUGAGGACUGCCUGUAUCUCAACAUCUACACACCAGCCCAUGCCCAUGAGGGCUCAAACCUGCCUGUGAUGGUGUGGAUCCACGGUGGUGGGCUGGUUACAGGCAUGGCUUCCAUGUAUGACGGAUCCCUAUUGACAGCCACUGAGGACGUGGUGGUAGUUGCUAUCCAGUAUCGUCUGGGUAUCCUGGGUUUUUUCAGCACUGGAGACCAGCAUGCCAGAGGCAACUGGGGAUACCUGGACCAAGUGGCUGCCCUACGCUGGGUUCAGCAGAAUAUCGUCCACUUUGGAGGCAACCCUAACCGUGUCACUAUUUUUGGCGAGUCUGCAGGUGGCACCUGUGCGUCUACACAUGUUGUAUCCCCCAUGUCCCAAGGGCUCUUCCAUGGUGCCAUCAUGGAAAGCGGAGUGGCCCUGCUACCUUACCUUAUCUCGCACACCUCUGAGAUGUUGUCUACUACGGUGGCCAAGCUCUCUGGAUGUGAGGCCAUGGACUCAGAGGCCCUGGUGCACUGUCUGAGAGGCAAGAGUGAAGCAGAGAUUCUGGCUAUUAGCAAGGUCGUCCAGAUGAUGCCCGCUGUGGUGGAUGGGGAAUUUCUACCCAGGCAUCCCAAAGAGUUGUUAGUAUCUGAGGAUUUUCACCCUGUUCCCAGCAUCAUUGGUGUCAACAAUGAUGAGUUUGGUUGGACCAUUCCUAUGGUCAUGGGCUCUGCUCAGACAAUAAAGGAAAUAACCAGAAAGAAUGUGCAGGAUGUUCUGAAGAAUACAACAGCACAAAUGAUGCUGCCUCCAGAGUGUAGUGACUUGCUAAUGGAAGAGUACAUGGGAGACGUUGAGGACCCAGAGACCCUCCAAGUACAGUUCACAGAGAUGAUGGAAGACUUCAUGUUUGUGAUCCCUGCUCUCCAAGUAGCACAUUUUCAGCGUCCACAUGCACCUGUCUACUUCUAUGAGUUCCAACAUGCACCCAGCUACUUCAAGGAUGUCAGGCCACCCCACGUGAAGGCUGACCACGCUGAUGAGGUUCCUUUUGUCUUUGGUUACUCCUUCUGGGAAACAAAACUUGACUUCACUGAGGAGGAGAAGCUGCUGAGCAGGAGGAUGAUGAAAUACUGGGCCAACUUUGCAAGACAUGGGAACCCCAACAGCGAGGGUCUACCCUACUGGCCUGUGAUGGACCAAGAUGAGCAGUACCUGCAGCUGGACACCCAGUCUGCUGUGGGCCGAGCCCUGAAGGCCAGAAGGCUGCAGUUCUGGACCAAGACUCUGCCCCAGAAGAUCCAGGAGCUAAACAUGGCUCAGGACAAGCACACAGAGCUUUAGUACUCUGUGUCAGGAAAGGUGUUUAGGGUUUGACGUCGAUAGCAUUACAAAGUCUGUUUAUUUUUAUUUGUUCCAACAUUUACAUAAGCAAUUGUAAUCUCAGUCUUUUUUUUUUUUUUGACUGAGAAAAAAAGUUUUGAGGUUUCAUGUAUGAAAAACACUCUGUGUAUUAUUCCUUAUCAUUCUUGGGAAAAUAAAUAA